AGGGCAGAUGACGUCACCGAGUGACAGCCAGCUGUCAGAGCGGCUCCGCUCCCCCAGCGCGCAGCUCUUGAUGUUCCCCCGUCUCGUGUAGCUACAGCGGCGGACACCCGAGGCUCGGAGAUCGGAGACCUCCUCCGGCAGCAGAGUCGCGCCAGCUCUCCGCGAACCGAGCCCACCCACCCGCGCCCGGUCAUGGACGAACAGGCGGGGCCCGGAGUAUUUUUUAACAACAAUAACAACGCGGUGGUGCCCGGCGGUGGGAAAGGAGCGCAGCCCGGAGAUGGCGGCGGGGGAGGAGAGGCGGCCCGGGCUCAGUACAGCAUCCCGGGGAUCCUGCACUUCCUGCAGCACGAGUGGGCCCGCUUCGAGGUGGAGAGGGCGCAGUGGGACGUGGAGAGAGCCGAGCUGCAGGCCCAGAUCGCCUUCCUGCAGGGUGAGCGCAAGGGCCAGGAGAACUUGAAGAAGGACCUGGUGAGGAGGAUUAAGAUGCUGGAGUAUGCGCUCAAGCAAGAAAGGGCGAAGUACCAUAAAUUGAAGUACGGUACGGAGCUUAACCAAGGCGACAUGAAGCCCCCGAGCUACGACUCCGAUGAUGGGAAUGAGAACGAAAAUGAACUCCAGGGCCCGCAGAACAGCCAGCUGUCUUGGAAACAAGGGCGACAGCUGCUGAGACAAUACCUGCAGGAGGUGGGCUACACGGACACCAUUCUGGAUGUGAAGUCCCAGCGGGUGAAGGCGCUGCUGGGCUUGACCGGAGACGCUGGGGAGCGACCCGCCGACAAGAACCCGGAGCCCAUGGUGAACGGCACCGAACCCUCCCUGAAGGGUGACAUCAUGAUCGGGAAACCGGACCUGACGGACUCGGCGUCCGUGCUGGAGGCGUUCAAAUUCAUCGAGAGCGCCGCUGCGGAGUUCAGCGAUGAGGAUGAGGACGAUGACAGUGACAAGGACAAGAGUGUCAUCGACUCUUCCACGAUCGUAAGGAAGAAGGUGUCCCCAUCGCCCUCAUCCUCCUCUGACAUAAACGAUGACCCAGAUACAGAGGAAGCCCUGAAGGGCUUCGACUUCCUGGCCAGCCCCGAUGAGGUGGACGGGUCUCCGGAAUCCAGGAGCGCCGGGGACGGCACAGACUGGGAGAAGGACGAGCAGUGUCCCAUGUCAGAGGCCUGGGACGUGGACCAGGGCCUCAUAACCAAACUGAAGGAGCAGUACAGAAAGGAGCGCAAAGGGAAAAAGGGGGUUAAGAGACCCAAUCGGUCCAAGCUGCAGGACAUGCUGGCCAACCUGAGGGACGCCGAAGACAUGCCGUCCGUGCAGCCGUCGGCGACGCCCCCCGCGCGGCCGGCCGCGGCCCGGCCCAACGAGCACGAGGUCAGCCGCGCCGACGAAGCGGAGGCCAUGACGUUUCCCCCCACGUCGGGGAAGUCGUUCAUCAUGGGUGCGGGCGAGGCCAUGGAGAGCGAGCUGGGCCUGGGCGAACUGGCGGGGCUCACCGUGGCCAACGAAGCGGACAGCCUGGCGUACGACAUCGCCAACAACAAAGACGCCCUGAGGAAAACCUGGAACCCCAAGUUCACGCUGCGGAGCCACUUCGACGCCAUCCGCGGCCUGGCCUUCCACCCGGUGGAGCCAGUGCUCGUCACUGCUUCCGAGGACCACACGCUCAAGAUGUGGAACCUACAGAAGACGGCCCCUGCCAAAAAGAGUACGGCUCUCGACGUGGAACCCAUUUACACCUUCAGGGCCCACAGGGGUUCGGUCCUGUGUGUCGUCAUGAGCGCCUCAGGAGAGCAGUGCUUCAGCGGAGGAGUCGACGGGACCAUCCAGAGCUGGAACACGCCCAACCCAAACAUUGACCCCUACGACUCAUACGAGCCCUCCGCCCUCCGCGGGGCACUGUCCGGGCACACGGAUGCUGUGUGGGGCCUGGUGUACAGCGCAGCCCAUCACCGGCUGCUCUCCUGCUCGGCGGACGGCACGGUGCGACUCUGGAACGCCAGCAACGCCUCCCCAGCCCUCGCCGUCUUCAAUGAGAGCAAAGAGCUGGGCCUCCCCUCCUCCGUGGACCUGGUUGGCGGCGAGCCGGCCUACAUGGUGACAUCGUUCAGCACGGGUCAGACGGGGCUCUUCAACAUGGAAACACGGCAACUGGUGCUCCGCCUGGAAUCCGUUGGGGAGAUGGGCACUCCCUGCCAGAUCAACAAAGUGUUGAGUCACCCGACCCUCCCCAUCACCAUCACGGCCCAGGAGGAUCGCCACAUCAAGUUCUUUGACAACAACACGGGGAAACUGAUCCACUCCAUGGUUGCCCACUUGGAUGCGGUCACUAGUUUAGCUGUGGACCCCAAUGGACUUUACCUGAUGUCUGGUAGUCACGACUGCUCCAUACGCCUGUGGAACCUGGAGAGCAAGACCUGCAUACAGGAGUUCACAGCCCACCGCAAGAAGUUCGACGAGUCCAUCCACGACGUGGCGUUCCACCCGACCAAGUGCUACAUCGCCAGCGCUGGCGCCGAUGCCCUAGCCAAGGUCUUUGUAUGACGCCUGGACCGGCCUCCUCCCCGACCGCAGCCCCGCUGCCACGGACCACUGGCGAUGGAGGUGCGGCGUGGUUUAGGGUCGGUGCCCUUCCUCCCCCCGCUAAUCAAAUGUUCCCCUACCGUUGGGCGUUCCGUUGGCCCCGGAAACUCUGCUCGAGGGGCCUGAGACUAGUCUUGGUUCCGGACUGAAGCACGAGGGCCGCGUUAGAUUCGAGGGCCCCAAAGGCUCCUCCGCAGCUGGGGCCCUCCGGUCUCCACUCCUUUCCCCUCCUGCACCAUCCAGGCAGGCCUGGGUGCAACAGCCACCACGUCAGUCGAGCCAACAGACCUACCAGGUAUCCAGUCCACGGAGCCACAGUGGGCUUCUGCUUCUUUCCAUUCUUAAGCGUGUGUUUCCACGUGUGAGGUGGUGGAGGAACGCAGGUUUGGCAUCUCCAGCGAGAUAAGUAAAGCUCCAGUGAGCUCCCGGCACUUUCCCCACGUCCAGGACGGUCGCCUUCUGGGCGUACAAGGGUGCGCUCAGAAUCGCGUGGUAAACAUGGAACGGAUGACCCGUCUUUCCAAGAGCCGUGACGGGAGCCCGAGGGGGCACCGCUCUCUCGCACCCUGCUCACCGGACCGAGUCCGCCCGCCCGCCUUUGCGUUCCAUUUUACACAUUUAUCGAAAAGGUGCCUUUUGCUUCGAGGAGAACAAGUCUUGAAAACAGUUUUAUUUUACCAAGCAUUAUCUUUGGGAGGGAAAUGGGCCGAAUUUACCGCAGUAUCUGUUUUUAGAUUAAAUACUCGGUGUAAAAUUCAAGUAAUGCGAUACACAUGAAAAGUAUAUUCCAUCAUAAUUACUGAGAUAAUGUCAAUUUUCUUUUCCUUUUUUGGGGGGGGGGUAGUCUAAGAAGACAGUUCACUGUGCGUGAGGCUGGAUAUAUAUAUAUAUAUAGCAGGUUUUCGAGCACCCAGGUCAACCUGCUGGUCGUGGGUUCUAGCUGAAGCGGGACGUCAUCCAGCCUACAGCGUUAAGAUGCUUCAAGACGGUCUCGUACCCUCACAGUAACCCUCCGUAUGCGGGACGCAGUGGGACUGAGCUCCGGUUUCACACUCGAGGUACUUUUUUUACACGUGAUUAAAACAUCUAGUUAAGCUCACAUACACACGUACUUUUUUGCGCAGGUUUCUCUUUGGCCGUAGCUUCUCACAGACGGCGCAUUUUAUUUUUGUAAGAAAGUUUAAUUUAACAUACAGAAGGCGAACGUGGCUCGUUUGUUCUGGUCUCAGGACCUCCCCUUACCUCUUCCCUUCACAAAAAAAAAACCUUGCAACGAAUGAGCUCUUUUUCAAUAUUCACGUGUGAAGCCUUCAUUUGUUCUGUCUGGUCUAUUAUGCACCUGCUGUGUUUAAGUUGAAAAUAAUAAUAGGAAGUAUAUUAGCUUACAGUUAAUAUUUAAUACGACACUACGCAGAUGUCUCAGUUUGCCAAUGAAAUAAGUGCAGUAUACAACCCUGACGAUAUUUCCCGAUGGUUUUGUGUCGUAUAGAUUUUAAUAUAUUCGGACUAGCGGACUUUGCGAACUGCCAUCUUAGGAUACAUCGCCAGCACAGUGGUGUUUUAAUGAAACGGAAACGGAAACGAUGCGAAACGAGGAGAACCGCGCGGCUACGUGGCGUCUGACGGAACAGAUCCCUUCCCGGGGACCACGUUGCGAGUAUCGUUCGAAUGCGGUUGGGAACUCCUCUGGAAAUGCAAGUUGUGGUGAUCAUCUCCCUCUCCUCUCAGACAAACUGCAUUUGAAAAAGUUUGCAGUGAUAACGUGUGAUUUUGUGAUUUUCUUUUUUGUUUUUUUUUUGCCCUCUUGCUUCUGUGAUGUAUUUAUUUUUGCGUUUUUUUUUUUUUUUUUUUUUUUUUUGUACCAAUUUGAACCAAAAUGAUCGACUCGGCUUGUUGCACGCGCGCUAUGAGUAUGACACACACCUCCGUUAAUGCCUGCUUCGGGGUGGCUUCGUCGCCGAGAGACCCUCUAGAGGGAUCCGCGCCGACCGCUCGACCCCGCUGCGGAAAAGAACUCGUCGUAGAACCGCGACUCACGCGGAUCCACACACCUAGGCCGCGAAAACUUGCUUAGUUAACAACCAUCGUAAGGUAGAAAUUAGAAAUUUGUACAUAAAACCUGGGCACAAGGACAGAAUUUUAUUUUUUAUUGUUCUGGCAUUGAAAUAGGGAAAUGGGUGCAGACGUUUAAGCAAGUACAGGUUGAUUUAUUUUGAACAAUAUAUAUUUUUCUGUGAUUACUUGAAAACAUAAGUGAAUCUUUGGGAUGCUAGUUGUGUUGGUGUUGGUUGUAACUGGUAAGUGUAUGGUUGAGUUGUUUGUUCUUCCAAUGAGUUACACACCUACAAAAGAAGAGAAAAAUUAAAAAACAAACAAACAAAAAAAAAAA